AUGCUGUCCGCCGGCCCCAGCGCGGCGCAGAGCUGCGCGCUCGUGCUGGCCGCCGCUGUGCUGCUGCAGUCGCUCUGCGUGGCCGUCACCUUCCUCUACUUCACCAGCGAGCUCAAGCAGCUCCAGGACACGUACUCGAAGAGCGGCAUUGCCUGCCUCACCGGGGAAGAGCUCGGAAGCUUCAUACAAAACCUGGACACAAUUGAAAAUGAAAGAGAGGCUGAUCCCUGCUGGCAAGUCAAGUGGCAACUGGGAAGGUUAAUUAAAAAGAUGAUGUCAAGAAGUUAUGAGGAAAACAUAUCUGCAGUCAAUGCUGAGAGAGCCCUCGCGUUCCCAAGCACCAACGAGCAGCCGCAGACAGAUCCCGUCUACCGAAUAGCAGCGCAUCUCACGGGCAGCAGCAAUAAGAAGAACUCUCUAUCCCCACGCAAUUCCACACCCAGAAGAGGCAGAGGCCAAAAAAUAAACAGCUGGGAGUCGUCUCACAAGGGCCAUUCCUUCCUGUACAACGUGGAGCUGCGGAACGGCGAGCUCGUGGUGCCCAAGACAGGCUUCUACUACAUCUACUCGCAAACGUACUUCCGCUUCCGCGAAAAUGAGCACGAGGACUCGGCCUUGCUGGCCCAAAUCAGGAACCCCAAGCAGCUGGUCCAGUACGUUUACAAACUGACCAACUACCCUGAGCCCAUUUUGCUCAUGAAAAGCGCCAGGACAAGCUGCUGGUCGAGGAAGGCCGAGUACGGGCUUCACUCCAUCUACCAAGGGGGUGUCUUCCAGCUCAAAAGGGACGACAGGAUUUUUGUGUCUGUCAGCAACGGGGAUAUAGUCGACAUGGACAAAGAGGCGAGUUUCUUCGGAGCCUUUAUGAUCAGUUAG